CCCGGCCGCCGAGUCGCGCGUGGAUCUGGACGCGGCGGGGCGGGAAGGCGCGGCGCGCGCUGCGACCAGGCGGCUUCCGGCGCGGCGGGUGUCCCUGAGACUCCAUUGAAAACUCACUGCUUUGGCCAGUCCCACGGGAUGACAGAGCCAUGUAUUUGUGAGAAGGACAUAGAACCUCACUUAUAAGUCAGAGUCUUCUGGAAGAGAAGAGAAACCUGACAGAGUUUUUUUUAAGUACCAAGACUUGAAGUAACCCAUGCACAUGGCGUCAGUAAGGUGCUCAUUCAGGUGGAUCAAACCCUUGGCCACAGAUCCCUGGUCACUUAUGUUCAUCCUCUUUUCUGUACAACAUGUAUAUGGGAGUGGAAAGAAGUUUGUGGGUCCUUGCGGAGGAAGAGAUUGCACAGUGUGCCAGUGCUUUCCUGAAAAAGGGUCUCGGGGUCAGCCAGGACCUCCAGGGCCACAGGGUCCUAUUGGACACCUGGGAAUGCCAGGACCCAUUGGAAUUCCAGGAGAGAAAGGGAUGAGAGGUGACAGUGGUCUUCCUGGAGCGCCAGGUGACAAAGGUGAUAAGGGUCCAACUGGUGUUCCUGGAUUUCCAGGUUUGGAUGGUAUACCUGGGCACCCAGGACUUCCUGGAUCCAGAGGCAAGCCUGGAAUACAUGGCUAUAAUGGUUCACGAGGUGAUCCAGGGUUUCCAGGAGAAAGAGGAGUUCCUGGCUCAAGGGGCCCCCCAGGUCUUCCUGGGGAAAGUGGAGAAAAAGGAAACUCAGUGUUCAUUUUAGGUGCCAUUAAAGGUAUUCAGGGUGACAGAGGGGACCCAGGACCUCCUGGCUUGCCGGGAUUGAGGGGGGCAAGAGGACCGGCGGGCCCAAUGGGGCAUCCAGGAGAGCCCGGGUUAGCUGGUGCUCCAGGCCUUCCAGGGAGACCGGGCUUGAAGGGUAAUCAUGGCGUGGGAGUCAAGGGGCAAAUGGGAGACCCGGGUGAAGUUGGCCAGCAAGGUUCUCCUGGACCCACCUUAUUGGUACAGCCACCUGAUUUUUGUCUGUAUAAAGGAGAAAAGGGCAUAAAAGGAAUGCCUGGUGUGACUGGACCUCCAGGACCACCGGGACCCAAGGGAGAACCUGGAAUUGGGGCAAAAGGAGAGAAGGGUAUCCCUGGGUUCUCAGGACCUCGGGGUGAUCCUGGUUCCCAUGGAUCUCCAGGUUUUCCAGGAUUAAAGGGGGAACCAGGAAUGUUUGGGGAGCCUGGAUCAUUUGGAUUUCUUGGCCCAAAGGGGGAUCCUGGAGACCGCGGGUACCCAGGACCACCGGGGGUUUUGGUAACCCCACCUCUUCCACUCAAAGGCCCUCCAGGGGAUCCGGGGCGCCCCGGCCGCUAUGGAGAAAUGGGGUCUAUUGGACCACCUGGUCCCCCCGGCCCCUCCGGUCCACCAGGGGAAGCCUGUGCAGGCAUGAUGGGACCCCCUGGGCCAAGAGGGUUUCCUGGUCAUCCGGGAUUUCCAGGGGCAGCAGGUACCCCUGGGAGAGCUGAUUUCAGUCCAGGAAAGCCAGGGAAGCCAGGACCACCGGGGUUGCCUGGAGCCCCAGGGCUGCAGGGCCCUCCGGGAUCAGACGUUAUAUAUUGUAGUGUUGGGCACCCUGGACCACAAGGAAUAAAAGGCAAAAUGGGUCCUCCAGGAAGAAGAGGCUCAAAAGGAGAAAAAGGAGACGCGGGGCUCUGUGCCUGUGAGCCUGGUCCCAUGGGCCCACCUGGCCCUCCGGGGCUUCCUGGGAGGCAGGGUAGUAAGGGAGACUUGGGGCUCCCUGGGUGGCUUGGAGAGAAAGGUCACCCAGGCCCUCCUGGUGCAGAAGGACCUCCGGGACCACCAGGAAAACAUGGUGUUUCAGGACCACCUGGCAGCAAAGGAGAAAAGGGUGAUGCGGUUGUAUCAAGAGUGAAAGGGCAGAAAGGAGAAAGAGGUCCUGAUGGGCUCCCAGGAUUUCCAGGACAGCAGGGACAACAUGGUGGGGAUGGACUUCCUGGACAAAGGGGGGAUCCAGGCCCUCCGGGGGAUCAUGAAGACGCACUCCCAGGUGAUAAAGGGUUUCCUGGACCCCCAGGUCCCCCGGGCAGAGCAGGACCUAGAGGACAACCAGGUCUGGGAUUUCCCGGCCCACCAGGAGAGAGAGGGCCACCAGGAGCUCCAGGCCGCCCCGGUGAGAGGGGCCUCGAAGGCUUGAAGGGUCAGAAAGGAGAUACAAUUUCUUGUAACAUCACCUACCCUGGGAGGCCGGGACCCCCAGGAAUUGAUGGACCUCCAGGACCAAAGGGAUUUCCAGGUCUCCGGGGCACUCCGGGGUUGAGGUGUUUCGAUGGGCAAAAAGGUCGGCGUGGCAAGCCAGGACUAUCAGAAAUACCGGGUCCACCUGGUUUUCGUGGUGACAUGGGCGAUCCGGGUUUUGGAGGUGAAAAGGGGUCCUCCCUUCUUGGGCCCCCAGGCUUCCCUGGUUCUCGUGGAGCAAGUGGUCAGAAAGGAGUCAUGGGAGAAACUGCCUAUGGCCAACCAGGUGCUCCAGGAAAGAGAGGUCUUUCAGGAGUGCCAGGGUCCAAAGGUCACAGAGGUGAUCCAGGACAUCCAGGCUUUGAAGGGGCAGCUGGCAGGCCGGGAUUCCCAGGUCUUAAAGGCCCCAGAGGCAGAGAGGGAAGUGCUGGGUUUCCAGGAAUCCCAGGUCUACCUGCUCGUUCCUGCAAAGGAGGUGCCCCAGGGUUACCAGGGCAGCCGGGACUCCGAGGGGCUCCAGGCCAUCCAGGUGCCCCAGGUUGGAAAGGACAGCGAGGGGACAUGGGGCCUCCUGGUCCAGCUGGAAUGAAGGGCCUCCCUGGAGUCCCGGGAUGGCCAGGGGCAGACGGUCCCCUGGGACCCCCAGGCAUCCCAGGCCCCUCAGGGGAUGACGGACUGCCUGGUCUUCCAGGCCCAAAGGGAUCCCAGGGGCUGCCUGGCUUCCCUGGUUUUCCGGGGGAAAGAGGAAAGCCUGGCCCCGAUGGACGUGCUGGCAGUAAGGGGGACCCAGGAGAGGACGGUCAGCCCGGCUUCCCUGGAGACCAGGGGGUGAAAGGUGCCAAAGGAGCGAGAGGACCCCCAGGAGAUGAAGGAGAAAUGGCUAUCAUUUCCCAAAAGGGGAAAACAGGGGAACCUGGACCUCCAGGAGAUGGUGGAUUCCCAGGAGAAGAAGGUGAUAAAGGCGAUCCUGGGACACAGGGGAGGAGAGGAGAGCCCGGAAGACACGGACCACCUGGAUUUCACAGAGGGGAGCCUGGUAGAAUCGGGCAGCCAGGGCUUCCAGGGCCCCCAGGCCCCCCAGGCUCACCUGGUCCAAGAGGGAUUAUUGGUUUUCCGGGAUUUCCAGGUGACCAGGGUGAGCCGGGUUCUCCAGGGUCCCCAGGACGUUCGGGAAUUGAUGGAAUGAGAGGACCUAAAGGAGACAAAGGAGACCCUGCAAGUCAGUUCGGCUUCCCUGGUCCAAAGGGUGAACCAGGUGGCCUUGGAUGUCCAGGACAUCCCGGAGUACCCGGAGAUCAGGGCUUGCCCGGCGUUCAAGGCCCCACAGGACCACCCGGAAGGCCAGGAUUACCUGGUGCCUUUGGACCACCCGGGUGUCCAGGUAAUCAAGGGGCACCUGGGCUGCAGGGACCUCCAGGAGAAAUGGGGGAUCCUGGGCCAAGAGGCAUGGUGGGAGAUCCAGGGGCACCGGGACUCCCAGGAAUAAAAGGUCCCUCCGGGGCGCCCGGUCUGAACGGCUUGCAUGGUUUAAAGGGUCAGAAAGGAGCCAAAGGCGCUUCAGGUUUGCACGAAGUGGGCCCGCCUGGUCCAGUGGGCACACCUGGGCUAAAAGGGGAGAUGGGAGACCCUGGGAGUCCGGGAAUUUCUCCCCCAGGCCCUUCUGGAGGAAGAGGUCCCCCUGGCCCCCCAGGGAGACCUGGAUUGCCUGGACCAGCAGGUGCCACAGGAAGAGCUCCUGAAGGGGACAUUCCUGACCCAGGUCCACCAGGAGAUCAGGGACCUCCUGGCCCCGACGGUCCAAGAGGAGCUCCCGGGCCCCCAGGCCGCCCUGGAAGUGUCGACCUUCUGAAAGGGGAACCAGGAGACUGUGGUCUUCCAGGACCUCCAGGUCCCCCAGGCCCACCCGGCCCUCCAGGACGCAAAGGCUUCCCAGGAUGUGAUGGAAAAGAUGGCCAGAAAGGACCAAUGGGAUUCCCGGGGCUGCAGGGGCCACCAGGACUUCCCGGCUCCCCCGGGGAGAAGGGUUUACCUGGCAUUCCAGGCAGACAAGGGCACCCCGGUCUUCCAGGUAAGCUCCUAAUGCCAGGACCGCCUGCCGAUGUGGAGUCCUGCCCUCGAAUCCCGGGGCUUCCCGGGGUACCAGGCCCGAGAGGACCAGAAGGAGCCAUGGGGGUCCCUGGAGUGAGAGGGCCCCCGGGACCAGGGUGCAAAGGAGAGUCUGGGCCGGAGGGCAGGCGGGGCAAGGAUGGCCUCCCAGGACCCCCUGGGCCUCCUGGAAGCAAAGGGGACGCGGGAGAAGCCGGCUGCCCUGGAGCACCAGGCCCUCCUGGGCCCACUGGGGACCCUGGGCCCAAAGGGUUUGGGCCUGGAUACCUCAGCGGCUUCCUCCUGGUUCUCCACAGUCAGACGGACAGAGAACCCGCCUGCCCUGCGGGCAUGCCCCAGCUCUGGACGGGCUACAGCCUCUUAUACCUGGAAGGACAGGAGAAGGCGCACAGUCAAGACCUUGGGCUGGCAGGGUCUUGCCUUCCCGUGUUCAGCACGCUGCCCUUCGCCUACUGCAAUAUCCACCAAGUGUGCCACUACGGCCGGAGGAACGACCGGUCCUACUGGCUGGCGAGCGCCGCCCCGCUGCCCAUGACCCCGCUGUCGGAGGAGGAGAUCCGCCCGUACAUCAGCCGCUGUGCGGUGUGCGAGGCCCCGGCGCCGGUGGUGGCGCUGCACAGCCAGGACCAGUCCAUCCCCCUGUGCCCGCGGACCUGGAGGAGCCUGUGGAUCGGGUACUCGUUCCUGAUGCACACGGGGGCUGGGGACCAGGGAGGAGGGCAGGCCCUCAUGUCCCCUGGCAGCUGCCUGGAAGAUUUCCGAGCCGCGCCGUUCCUCGAAUGCCAAGGCCGCCAGGGAACUUGCCACUUUUUUGCCAACAAGUAUAGCUUCUGGCUGACGACCGUAAGAGCCGACUUGCAGUUUUCCUCUGCACCGACGCCGGACACCUUAAAGGAGAGCCAGGCCCAGCGCCAGAGGAUCAGCAGGUGCCAGGUGUGCAUGAAGUACAGCUAGAGAAGCCGCGGCUCGCCAGCAUGUCACCUGGGGAAACUGCCUGGGGGCCCUAGGGGUGCCCAGGCUGUGCUGAGACAUUCAUGGUGCUCAUUUCAGACCCCAGUUUCAGCGGCCCCUUCCUUUCCCUGAGGUUAUCCCCACCUUCCUCUCAUCCCUUCCUUUGUUCAGGACGAGAUUAAGCAAAUGUUCCUCUUACGGAUUUAUUUGCACCUACCAAUUUAGAUGAAACCCAGAUAUUCUUAUGUUUUUGAGGAUGAUGGAAGAGCUGGCUUUAUUUAAAACGAUGCUAAUUCACAGGAAGGCAAAGAGAUGAUAAAGGCCAGAUUACAAAUUACAUUACUGAAAACUUCGCUCAUUGGUUAUAGCAUCUCAAACAAUUGACGUCAAUUACUCUAUAAUAGGGUGGGUUUCUGGACGGAUUUUAUAGGAGAAAAAAAUAAAUAGGCCAACAAAUGAAACUAGAAAGUGGAGAUUUCCAACCUCUCAAAAUGAUUUCCUCUGUAAUCUGUUUUCCCAUGCACUUUAAAUAAUUGUAAAACCGUGACCCAAGGAGAUGCUAAAAAAAAAAAAAAAAAAAAGAAAGAAAGAAAAGAAAAGAAAAAAGAAAAAGAAAGAGAGAAAAGGAAAAAAAAAUCCACACAGAGAGCGGUAACAGUUCAUUUCAAAGCAGAAUGAAUCAUUAUGCCAGGAAGGACCACAGUCUCUGCAUUCCAGAGAUGCUGCAUUAGCAUAAACACAUCACAGAUGAACAUAAAACGUGUUCUCUUCUGCAUUUUUCAGAGAAUGGAAAUGCCUACUUUGGCAAUUCUUUUGAAAAGUAGCAUUUAUGGAAAAAAAUAUAUUCAAUAAGGGAUUAAGAGCCUAAGAGCUAUUAAUGAAUAUUAAGGCAGUGAUUCACAAAAAUGGGCUCCCCAUUGCCGUGAACUUCCAAACAGACGGCAUUUGCCCAGUCGGGGUCCAGUGAGUCUUUGGUGUGUGCGUGCUAAUGGGACUGAAGCCACAUGGGGCUUCGCUCAGACACACCAGCUCACACAAAGCAUCCUGCUCCCCUCCCCAGGAGCCCUGCAGAGCUGCCUUGCAGCCCGCCAAGGACGCUUUUCCUCCAGAACAUAAUGGCAUUUCAUACCGGGAAGUGACAGAGCUAUCAUUAUGCACUUGGGAGAAAAUUAAGGGCCAGCUUAAUUAAACUUAGGUAAGAAGAUUCAUGUAAGUCAUGGUGACCCGGCCAGGAAGAUAUGGUGCUAUUUUAGAAAAAAAGCAAAACAAAAAACCCAAAAAAACCUGCAAUUUGAAUUUUAUGUGCCUAUUAUUGGUUUUUACAGAAACAUCCCGUUUUUCCAAUUUUAAAAACAUUCUUCUAUUUUUUGUCAGUAUUCUACCUAGGCAGCCGUUUGACAUUUGGAAUUAGUAUUUUCUAUAAAAGUUCAGAAGAUAUAUCAAUUUAGUAUGAGUAGUUUUCUGAAUAGGAAAGGAUACAUUUCCUAUUCUAGUAGGGAUUCAGCAAUCUAAUCCAAAAAAUCAGAAAGCUUGUUGGAAAUAAAUUAGAGGAAACCUGCCUUCCUCAUUUAAAAACAUGUCAUUUUAGAAGAAAAAUAAAGAGAUUUCUCAUGAGCAAGUGAUACUCAUUUCUGUGCUUAGUUUCAAUGCACUUAAAAAUAAUUGAGAGGAGAAAAACUCAAUUAAAAUUUUGUUUAUAAGAGAUGUUUUCCUUGCCAAACAUUGAUUAGCAAUGAGCUCUUAUAUGUAGAACAUAUUUCAAAUGAGUCUAGCUAUGGGCUACUCCCAGGAUGGCAAUUUAUUUUAAAACUUUCCAGUAAAAAGGAAAAAAAAUGUACAUUUUAAGAUGAAAGCAGAGUAUUUCAUGGUUCAUUUGACCCAUUUAUUGAUUGUUUUUAAUCGUGCUAUGGCAUGUUAAGUAUUUCUGAGCACCUGAAAUUUAAGCUGAUUUCAACCUCGUUUAUAAUUACAAUUUUCCGUUUCCCAAGUUUUAUUACAUUUUACCAAACGUCAAGCCUUCUAAAAUCUCAUCUUGUUCAUUCAUGAAUUUGGUCUGGGAAGAGAUAAGGGUGAGAAAUAGGACAUUGGAGACGUGCUUUGUGUGGUGAAGUAUUUUACCCGUAUUAGAAUAUUAUCUUAGUAAGCUUCCCAAAUACAUCUUAAAACACAGGCUGAAUUACGUGUGCAAUUUACUCCACGGUGAGCCUGGGAUUGUGUUUGAGACUGUUCAAAAUACUGGCAUUGCAAGAUCCCCUCUCUAAAUGUUGCAUAAUUGUUGCCCUAAAGGGAAAACAGUGGGACAGAUAACUCCUCAGAUUAGAAGACUGUUUUCUUCACCACCUUAAAUAUCAGUACUUUGAAAUGUCCUUUUUCUGGAUGAACAAACCUUUAUGCUGGCUAAUCCAUGACUGGUGAGGAUCCUUGUCAAUAUUCCUUCCUAGGAAGCCUCUCCCCCACCUUGCUGGUUGGAAAGCAUCUAGACUGUCCAGUGGGGACUGCUCUGGGUCCCCCGGGGAGGACAGGAUGUUUCCUCCUGGGUUCUCAUGCUCAGUCAGUGGAGCCCAUCCAUGUCCAUGCAGGUGUCCUGGUACCCAGGCCUCCAUGCUGCCAGUGGUGGGUCGCUCAUUCCUUGUCCUCCUGUAUCUCCCAGACCAAAACUUAAGAGGCCACUUCCGGUGGAUGGCUGCCUUCCCCUCUGGCCUUACAGUGUCUCCUUGCAGCAUUUUUCUUUCCCCCGUAUUCUUGAUGGUAAACAGCUCCCAGCUGAUGCCUCUACUUGUCAAAUCCCAUUCAUCUCUCCAAGAUGCAAACCUGAUUUUUUUUUUUUUCCUUUGCCUUAAAAAUUGCUCGAUGACUCCUGUGGCUGUACAGUCCAAGUGACUUCCCAUGGGGUGACAGGCUGCACGCAGCUCACCUGUGCAUGCAUCCCAGAGACAUGUUCCCAGCUCUGUGACCCGGCUCCUGCUCUUUCUCCCAGUGACGUCCCAGUUCCAGGACCUUUACCGGGGACACAACUGCUUCUUUACAGACUGAAGGAGCUGGAGCAGAGAGUGGGUGUGAAUUUCCCCCCGGGAGACUCGGACUCCCUUCCUCCACUCCCAGGACAACAGAUGGGCCUGGCCGCUCUCCCGUGCUCCCACCUCGCUCCUGUAAGGUGUCCUCGUACUUCCUCCAGGCACUUGCUCCAAUGCAAGCCUCUUGAGGGCAGGGCGAAGCUUCACUCAACUGUAUGCCCAGGGCCUACACAGAGCUGAGCCCAUUAUUGAUAAUUCUGCUUUCAGUGAAUUAUCAUUAUGUAUCAUUAGGAGUUAGAUACUUAAUUUCAGUAAGUAUCAUUAGGAGUUAGAUCUGUGCAUGUAGGGUUCUCGUGGACAAAAUGGUAACAAGUAUAAGUCAUUUCUUGUUUCAAAGUACAUGAAUGCGCCCACAGAUCUACACACCCACUGUCUCCUCUUUGCAGUGACGGUCAGAAAGCCCACUAAUAAGCUGCAUUCAUUACCCCCUGAAAUUCAGCUUGCUUUUCCACUGAAAUUUCAGAAAUGAUAAGAUCCCUGAGGUUUGGUUGAGAGAAGGCUCUUCAUUGAAAUGGGACAAGACUUAACUCAGGCCAUAACCUGUACUCCCCCAUCAUGUGAGAUCUUCCCAGUCAAGAUCCCAUCGACAAGGUUUGUAUACAAGUUUUCGGUGCUUAGAAAAAUAGUCAACAAAAGGUCCAAAACUGGAUUUUACCAGAUUUGGUUCUGAGCCUCUUGUAGAUUAUAAUAAAGGAAACCAGCUCUAUGCGAUCCAGGAAAUCACCUUAGAUUUGUUUCUAUCAGCUCAUCCAACAAAUCUGAUAAGUUUUACUUUUAUUUGUUACGACUUCAGGAACAGUGAGAAAACGUGGAUUCUGGAGCUGGUUUGAAGCCGGCUCUAUCACUGCCCCACUGUACCACCCGGGGUGAGUUACACCUCCUCUCUAAACCCCAAUUUCCUCAUUUAUAAAAUGGGACCUAAUACCUACUCUUCCAUCGAAAACUCAGUUAGAUUAUAUGUCUAACACAUAGCAGUCGUUGUGCAUAUACUCUGGUCACAUCUUCUAUUUAAAACAAUCUAACAUGAGAAAACAUUUCUUUUUUUUUUUUUCCAUAGUGGAAUUAUAUUAGGGUUCUUACAGGGCAUAUAAAUAACUGAUUAGAAUUAUUUAUAUCUGGUCAAUUUUUAUGUCUUUAGGAAUGUUAUUUUAUUUCAGUUCUCAAAGUUACUGUAACCACCCCCCCUCUCCACACACACACAGAAUCACAAUUUCCUACAGGGACAUUAUCAGGAAGUUCUGCAGGGAACAAAACAAUUGACAUUAAAAAUCAGUACUCUGCAAUUGUCACAGUUAUUAUCUGCCAGAGACUCUGCAUAAUGCAUUUUAAACCACCGAGGCUGGCUGCCACAUCCAUGUGAAAUGCUUGAAUUUUAUGGUGCUUAAAUAUUUAAUGAUUCAUAGGAAAAAAUGUGAGACGUGUCCAAUAAAUUGCAUCUCUUUCUCUAUCCCAUGGUUGUAAAAUAUAAAGAUUUUCAGCCAUGUAACAUUUGCAAGAUACCUGGUCUGUGAUUGUCAUUUCAAUCUUUGUUGUAUUCCAAGUUAUAAUAUUGUUCAUUACAUAUAUAAAAUUCUGUGAUGACCUCCAAAAACAA